AUGCUGAAUCCAAAUGACAUUGUUUAUGAUGUGUUUGCGGGAGUUGGACCAUUUGCGGUUCCAGCUGGAAAGAAACAUGUAAUUGUUUUGGCAAAUGAUUUGAAUCCUGAAUCUUAUAAGUGGCUUGAGCAUAAUGUUAAUAAAAAUAAGACAAAAAUCAGCAAAAACAGGUUUCUACAAAAUGUUCAAACAUUCAAUAAAGAUGGUCGUGAUUUCAUAAAAGAAGACGUCAAAAAUCAUUUAUUGAAGCUAAUGGAAAAAGAGAAUGUUGACAAUCGAACAAUUCACAUAGUAAUGAAUCUUCCUGCUAUGGCUGUUGAAUUUCUUGAUUCAUUUGUUGGACUUCUAAAAGAUGUUGAUAAAGGAUUUGAAAAGAUUCAACCUCUCAUCUGUCAUUGUUAUUGUUUUGUUAAAGGCGUCGAUGAUACGAAAAACAAAAUAAUGGCAGAAAAGUUGGUUGAAAAUCAUAUGAAAAUUAAGCUCAUACAUGGUGUUAACUUAAAAGAAAUUGCUUUCGUUCGAAAUGUCGCACCAAAUAAAGACAUGAUGCGAGUUGAUCUUUUUCUUACAUCUGAUAUUUUAAGAAAUUCGUCUGAUGAUUAUAUUAUUGUCCCAACUAAACGAAAAUGUAAUAAAGUCGUUAUUGAUUGA